CCCGGGUCCGGGGGCCCCCGUGAUCGGGCCAGAAAUUGUUGCAGUGAAAAUAGUCAGCCUUUAUUCUUCGGAUUGAUCAGUAUUCUUUCCGAGAUCCGAGAAUUUGUGUGCGAUUCAAUCUCUUUUUUUCUGUAGUUUUGAGACUUAGCUCCUAACACCACCACCACCACUACCAACAACAACCGCCAUGGCUGAUGAUGAAGCUAAGAAGGCCAAACAGGCCGAAAUCGAGCGCAAGCGUGCUGAGGUGCGCAAGCGUAUGGAGGAGGCCUCCAAGGCCAAGAAGGCCAAGAAGGGUUUCAUGACUCCAGAAAGAAAGAAGAAGCUGCGGUUGUUGUUGCGUAAGAAAGCCGCUGAGGAACUAAAGAAGGAGCAGGAGCGCAAAGCGGCCGAACGUAGGCGCAUCAUCGAGGAACGGUGCGGCAAGCCGAAGAACGUUGAGGAUGCCAACGAAGACAUGUUGAAAGACAUUGUUAAAGAAUAUUUCAACCGUAUGUAUACUUGUGAAGGCCAGAAAUGGGAUUUGGAAUUCGAAGUCCGGAAAAGAGAUUGGGAGAUUUCCGACCUCAACGCCCAGGUCAACGACCUUCGCGGUAAAUUCGUCAAGCCUACGCUGAAGAAGGUCUCCAAGUACGAGAACAAAUUCGCCAAGCUGCAGAAGAAGGCCGCCGAGUUCAACUUCCGCAACCAGCUCAAGGUUGUCAAAAAGAAGGAGUUCACCCUGGAAGAGGAAGACAAGGAGGCUAAGAAAUCGGAGAAGGCUGACUGGCAGAAGAAGUAGAGAGAGCAACAAAACCACUUUUCUUUUAAUUUUUAUUUUUUGUAUAUUUAAAAUUAACUGGAAAACAUAUGUGUCUAUUUAUUAAUUUUGCCAACUUUUAAUGUUACUUUCCAAAAGAAAAAAACAAACACUCUUACCACACAAACAAAGCACAAUUUGUGAACCGGCGUACGAGAGGGUAAAAUUCCUUAUCUGCUGCAAAUUAGAACCAGUUGUUACCAGCUACGCAAAACCAAAAUCACGCAAAUAAAUCGUCGUUUAGAGAAAAAAAAAACAAACCCCAGGGCCAAAUUUGAUGUUUUAACAUUAAAAGAAAAUGAGUUUUGUUAUUCAGAAAAAAAAACCGCCACAAUUCAAAAUGCCAGUAGUAUACUUUUUGUUGUAAAAUCCCGCUAGAAGAAGCCCGACUGGUCCAAGAAGGGCGACAGCAAGGUAAAAGAAGAGACGGAAGCCGAGGCAUAAAAUGGCCGACUGUCCACCAUCAAAUACAUCCAACUAUUUGUCUGUUUUUAUUUAAUCUAAACCAUAAAAAAGAAGCAAACAAACUUUUUGUCAACGUAACCUAAAACAAAAAAAAGAAUGAAUCAAAAAAUCGUGAAACAGUUUAUUUUUAACCUCGUUGACCCCAAAAGUCCCCCUCCUUUCCUCCUUGUUGUUUUAGAAAAUUCCUCACAGGUGUCACUAGCAGCGAUCCCCAAAACGUCACGCUAGUGUUAACACUCUGUUGUUUCAGCAAGUCUUUCUCUUAAUUUUAUCGUACUUUAACUACUUUUUUCAAAACGUGUAUUUUGGAAAGCAACCAAACAAAAAAAAAGAGUAAAAAUCAUUCUGUGAACUAAACCUGA